AUGUCGCCACUAUCCCGUGUAUCCCUGGCCGUCUCAGCAAUCACCCACCGCGAUGAUCUGGUGGCUCCUGAUCAUGGCUUCGCCAACAAUUGCCAGUCGUGGCACGUGGAGCCUAGCCCGGACAACACGGCGCUGAAUCUCGUGGCGAUGUGCCCUAGUACCAUGUACUUGGCCUCCGGUUCGCAGGACGAUGUCCUCUGUACCUCGUUGGAUAUGAAUCGCUGUUUCUACAACGCAGACUCAGUGCCCACGCUAAUAGGAUCCCCUUCGUCGUGGGGCCCUUAUUCGCAGGUAUUCCAGUUAUAUCCCAAAACCUGUCGUUCGCCCCUCCUAGCAACGGACGAGGACUCGCCAGUGACCAAGAGCAAUACGAUACUGCAGAUCGAAUGUCUUGGCCAUGCUGCUUGGGCCAAUACAUUUCAAACGACAAUGGGCGCCUACGUUGCCAACCUUCUACCUCUGAUGGGAACAUCUCCACGAAUUGCCGCUGAGGCAGGUCGCUUUGGGCUACGAAGGGGAGGGGUCAUCUAUGAGGGGUGA